CACUUCCACUGAGGCUGGGAUAUAUAAGCCAGGCUGUGCUGCAGUGCUCAAUAGGCUUCAACAGGAGAAGGCAGAGCAAGGAUUUGGGCACUGAGCAAAGGAUUACAUAAUUCACCCCCUCCAAAAAGAAAUUAGACACUGCCUGUGGAAUGGGACAGAAAAUGCCUUCUUUAGGGGUGAUCUGCCUAGCCCUCUGUGCAAUGCAAGUAAUGUCCUUCCCUGUAUCCAGUCCAGCCAGUGAAGAUGACAGUAAGGUAAUGAAGUGCAUUGUUGAAGUCAUUUCUGAUACAUUGUCAAAACCAAGUCCAAUUCCAAUCAGUCAGGACUGCCUGGAGACUCUCAGAGGGGAUGAACGCAUUAUUUCCAUUCUACGACACCAAAACCUCUUAAAGGAACUUCAAGAACUCGCAACUCAAGGUGCCACGGAGAGGGUGCAGAAGAAGAGUUUUGAAGAGGAGCUUUCUGGUGUCCUUGCACGGCAGAAUAACAAACCCAUCCUUUCCGAAAAGUUAGAUGAAAUCCCUCCAGGGACUCACAAGUCUUCACUUGGUGAUACAUCAUCAGAAAGUACUGAAAGCAAGAGGCAGCCAGAAGAGGAAGAAAAAGCAGGUUCCGAACAAGAAGCCCCAGAAAAAAGCCAAGAAGAUACCAGCACAGAGGAGCUAGAGAGUAAUGACAUUGAAAAGAGAGAGGAGGCCACUGGGGAUGAAGAGACAGACAAUCAUAUCACCGACACUAUCAAUGAUGAGGAUCUGCCCCGAGAAACUGAAGACAACACAAGCCAUAAUUCUAAGGAGACAGAGACCGAGAGCCAGACAGUGUCGAGUGAAUCAGUUGAGAGACGAGAGGAUGCAAAGGAAAAUCCAAAACAAGACAGUAAUGAAAGCAAAGAAGAGGAGGAUGAUACCCAAAGAGAUGACAAAGAUGACAAAGAUGAGACCACAUUAGAGGCUGAAAACGGUAAUGAAGAUGGAAAAUCUGAAGCUGAAGCAACGCAGGAGGGUGGUAAUUCCCACCACCGGGAGACCAAGAGUGAUGAAGAAACAUCUUCCAAUGAACAUGAAGAUUCCAAACGAUUUAACAAAAUGGAUGAGCUUGCCAAACAGUUAACGUCCAAAAAAUGGGUGGAGGAAAACAGCAGUGAGGAGGCCGCACACCAGACUGAAGGCACAAAAUAUGAUGCUGGGAGCAAGGAGUCUGAUGGACAGCGACCAUGGAAGCACUCAAGAGAGGACAGUAGUGAAAGAGAAAAUCAAAUCGCCAAUAAGCGAGACCCAGAAGAGAAGAAGGAGGAAGAAGGAAGUGCUAACAGGAAGACAGAGGAUCAGGAACUGGAGAGUCUAGCAGCUAUUGAGGCAGAACUGGAAAGUGUUGCACAUAAACUACAUGAACUAAGAAGGGUUUGAAUCUCAAGCUGUGCUACAAAGUCAUCUGGAUGUUUGCUACUGCACCUUCUUUCUUUAUUUCCCAACUUAAAGGAACACAAUAGUUCCCUAAAUGACUUUAGCUAAAUAAAGCAGUUUUAGUGUAUAGACCAUUCCCCUGCAAUUUCACUGCUCAAUUCACUGUCAUUUAGGAGUUAAAUCACUUUGUUUCUGUUUAUG